CAAGAAAAGGUUGAAUCGAAAAGAACAACUUUUUCACUCUUAUUUUUUUCUUUUAAUAGGUUCCAAACCAACCCAAUUUCCCAGCUCCCUCCGCUCGAGCUUCUCCGCUCUUAAAACCCACCAAACAACCACAAAACUCUCAUUCUAACCGAUCGGUAUUUGUUCUAUUUGUUUACGGGCGAUCUCUCCUCUGAUCUGGUCUUUGUAAGUUGGCACUAGGUGGUGAUCAUUUUCCUUCGUUAUGAUCUCGCUCAAACACUCUCCUCUAGCUCCGCCGAUCAAUGGAUCUGACACUGUUUUCCGCCGGAAAACCCCCUUGGCGGCUGGGAAAGCCUUCUUUUUGCCACCGCUUGCGGCUCCUCCUAAGGGUUUGAAACCCUCCCUCUCAGUUUCGAAGCCUUUGCACCUCACCUCUAUCGAGGCUUUUUCUGCCAGGGAGAGUAGUGCGCCCUUGAUCGUUUGCAAGGCGUAUGAAGCUGAUCGGCCAGAACCGAUUGACGCUAGCGAUGCCAAACCAGAGGCGGCGAGGAAGGUUAAGAUCGGAAUUUACUUCGCCACCUGGUGGGCGUUGAAUGUCGUUUUCAAUAUCUACAACAAGAAAGUGUUGAACGCUUUUCCGUAUCCAUGGCUUACAUCCACGCUUUCGCUUGCUUGUGGAUCUCUGAUGAUGUUGAUCUCCUGGGCUACAAGGAUUACGCCGGCGCCCAAGACGGAUUUUGAGUUCUGGAAGACUUUGUUCCCUGUUGCAGUGGCACAUACAAUCGGGCACGUUGCUGCAACAGUGAGUAUGUCUAAGGUUGCAGUUUCAUUCACUCACAUCAUCAAGAGUGGUGAGCCAGCGUUCAGUGUCUUGGUCUCUAGAUUCAUCUUGGGAGAGUCUUUCCCUGCCGGAGUUUACUUGUCCCUCCUCCCAAUUAUUGGUGGUUGUGCUCUUGCUGCUGUCACCGAGCUCAACUUUAACAUGACUGGUUUUAUGGGGGCCAUGAUCUCCAACUUGGCAUUUGUAUUUAGGAACAUAUUUUCAAAGAAGGGUAUGAAGGGCAAGUCAGUUAGUGGAAUGAACUACUACGCUUGUCUCUCUAUAUUGUCUCUGGUGAUUCUCACACCUUUCGCUAUUGCUGUUGAGGGACCACAGAUGUGGGCUGCUGGGUGGCAAAACGCCCUUUCUCAGAUUGGACCCAAUUUCGUCUGGUGGGUAGCCGCACAAAGUGUGUUCUAUCAUCUGUACAACCAGGUUUCAUACAUGUCAUUGGAUGAAAUCUCUCCCUUGACGUUUAGCAUUGGAAACACCAUGAAACGUAUAUCCGUCAUUGUUUCCUCCAUCAUCAUCUUCCACACACCUGUCCGCCCUGUCAAUGCUUUGGGAGCUGCCAUCGCUAUCCUUGGAACCUUCUUGUAUUCCCAGGCUAAGCAGUGAUCCAAAAUUGGGGAAGAAUAAGAAGAAAUGUUUGAAAACAAUUCAUGUUAGUUUUGUUAAGCAAAGGUAGAAUGUGGAUGGUGAAGUAAAAGGAGAAAUUGUUAAAAGAGGAUGGUGGGUAAAAUGCCAACAAUAUGAGGACUAGUGUUUGGUUUUUUGCUAUAGAUUUUCUUUUUCGGCCUUUUUGUAGAUAAUAAGGUGAAAUAGUUAAAAGAGAGCGAGAAAGACAUGACAGUAGGACUGAUGAUAAUAAUGUUGUUUCAUUAGUAGCCGCAGUAGCAACAAGCUUUGCUGAAACGAGAUUGAAAUAGGCUGAGCUGAGUGACAUUGUACUUGCCAUUUUACGUUGUUUUGGCGGAAUAAAACUAAGAGAGGGAAGAAAACCCUCCCCACACCGUUUCUUGUCUUGUGGACUUACUUUUGAACUCUCUAUGGAGUAUGGACUAUGGUCUUGACUUUAC